ACUACCAAUUGAACUACUACAAAGUGGAGUGUUCCCCCCCAAAACAGAGAAAUGGGUGCCAAUUCUCUUCUCCAAUGUCUUAGAAUUCUCUUCUCAUUGCCUACAUGUUGCCUCUUUCUUGUUCUUGUUGUGACCAAAGUCGGAGGCGUAACGAGGCACUACAAAUUUGAUAUCAAGUUGGAAAAUGUGACGCGAUUGUGCCACACGAAGAGCAUCGUGACGGUAAAUGGGCAGUUUCCGGGACCUCGAAUCGUGGCCAGAGAGGGGGACACGCUUCUUAUAAAAGUGGUUAACCAUGUCCAGAACAACAUUUCCAUCCACUGGCAUGGCAUCCGACAGCUUCAAUCUGGUUGGGCAGACGGACCGGCAUAUGUAACUCAAUGCCCGAUACAAACUGGACAGAGCUAUGUCUACAACUUCACCAUUACAGGCCAAAGAGGAACUCUCUUAUGGCAUGCUCAUAUCUCAUGGCUAAGGUCGACUCUCUACGGCCCCAUAAUCAUACUUCCAAAGCCUAAUGUCCCUUACCCAUUUGCCAAACCCUACAAGGAAGUCCCCAUCAUCUUUGGAGAGUGGUUUAAUACGGAUACUGAGGCGAUAAUUAGUCAGGCUUUGCAAACAGGUGGCAGCCCAAACCUCUCAGAUGCUUAUACCAUCAAUGGACUUCCUGGGCUGCUAUAUAACUGCUCCACAAAAGACACAUUCAAGUUAAAGGUGAAGCCAGGGAAAACUUACCUUCUCCGCCUUAUCAACGCUGCACUCAACGACGAGCUCUUUUUCAGUAUCGCCAACCACACUCUCACCAUAGUCGAUGCCGACGCCGUUUACGUCAAGCCAUUCGAAACCAACACCCUUCUCAUCGCCCCCGGACAGACCACAAACGUCCUCCUCAAAACCAAACCCCGCUCCCCCGACGCCACUUUCCUCAUGGCCGCCCGGCCAUACGCCACCGGCCUCGGCGCCUUCGACAACUCCACCACCGCCGGAAUCCUCCACUACGAAUCCACAUCAAAAUCCACGAAAAACCUGCCUAUUUUCAAGCCAUCACUUCCUCCCCUGAACGACACUUCUUUUGCCACCAAUUUUUCAAAGAAGCUAUUCAGCCUAGCAAGUGCCCAAUACCCUGCCAAUGUGCCUAAUAAGAUAGACAAACGGUUCUUUUUCACGGUGGGCCUUGGAACAAGCCCAUGUGACCAACAAAACCAGACCUGCCAAGGUCCCAACGGAACCAAGUUUUCAGCUUCUAUUAACAAUAUCUCAUUUAUACUACCAAACACUGCCCUGCUCCAAUCCCACUUCUUUGGGCAAUCGAAUGGGAUUUACGACCCGGAUUAUCCAUACAGCCCGACCCAUUGGUUUAACUAUACGGGCAACCCGCCGAACAAUACCAUGGUGGGAAAUGGGACUAAAGUUAUGGUGCUCAAUUUUAAUACUAGUGUGGAGUUAGUAAUGCAGGAUACUAGCAUUCUUGGAGUAGAGAGCCACCCUCUCCACCUUCAUGGAUUCAAUUUCUUCAUUGUGGGUCAAGGGUUCGGGAACUUUGACCCGAAUAAGGAUCCGAAAAGCUUCAAUCUUGUUGACCCGGUGGAGAGGAAUACGGUUGGUGUGCCCUCUGGCGGGUGGGUUGCGAUCCGGUUUCUGGCCGACAAUCCAGGAGUAUGGCUUAUGCAUUGUCAUUUGGAAGUACAUACAAGCUGGGGAUUGAAGAUGGCUUGGCUUGUCUUAGAUGGAAAGCUCCCUAAUCAAAAGUUGCCCCCUCCGCCAUCUGAUCUUCCCAAAUGCUGAUAAAAACUCAAAGGAUCCCCUUCCGGAUUCACCUAUAUAUGAGCAAGAAUUUCCCUCGAGUUUUUUUUUUCUUUUCCUUUUUUUGAUUUCGAAUUUGAACUAAGUUAUUUCACAUUUUAGGGUUUUGGCUUUAACCCACCAGUUUAACUUUCGGAUAUGUUCAACCUUGGCAAGAGUGGACCAGUUUCAUUAAUAUAUUUUUUUCUUUUGUAACUUUUGGAAAUCAACAUAUUUAUCCUCAAUAAUGGAAAUUUAAUGUUGUUGAUUGUUUCUCA